CUCCCCCGAUUUGUGUUUGUGUGUCUGACACAAGUAGAGUGCACUGCUCUGACAAGCAGGGAUUUUGGGUUUCCGCUACCAGUACUUUAUCCUGUUGGGACUAUUUCUGCUUUGUACUCAGGUCACAUAGCUCUAAAGACAUGGCAGAAGGAGGCUUUGACCCUUGUGAAUGUAUCUGCAACACAGAGUACGCAAUGAGGCGCCUCAUUAACCUGCUCCGAAAUUCUCAGUCCUACUGCACAGACACGGAGUGCCCUUUGGAAUUACCUGGGCCAAGCGGAGGGUCACUCCAUGGUUGGGAAGAACUGACCCUCCCAUUUAUGGUGAUUGGAUGGAUGGUCCUCGCUCUAAUCCUCUUCUCAUUGCGCCCUUCUUCACUCAGAGGUGGUCCCGCUUCCACUGACAAACCCACCGAACCCCAUAAUAGAGGUGGAAGAGAACCACCAGCGCCACCGGUUGACUAGGAGAGGAAAUCUAGCAGUCCUCUACUGGAGAUGCACAUUGACCCCAAGUGUGUUGCUGUGGCACAGAUAACACCCAUGGCAGCCUUCAUUAAAAUAUAUUUUUCCUAUUUUUACUCAGUUCUAAUUUGUGUGUUUUGGAUUGGAAUUGCUGGCACUGGGCCAAAACCACAUGUCAAAAAUUGAGUGAAUGUCCUAUGCUAUCGGUCAGUCCGCAUUUGUACGCACUUUUUUUUUAAACAAUUUAUGACUACGUACUCUAAAAAGUUGAAAAUGGCUUGCACUCUUUGACAGUGCAAUGUUAAUGGUAAAACAAACAUGCCGUAUUUUUGAUGUCAGAGGAAGUGAUGAUUUUAGAGGUACAAGGAUUCCAUUCAAUUAUCUUUUUUUUUUUAGGUCAGGCCGUCAGAAUGUCCAAAUAUGAAAACAAAUAUAUAUAUAUACAGUGUAUACGUAUGGAUGUAUUGUAUGAAUGUAUGCAUAAGAACCCCGUAAUUACUUGUCUAAUGAUCAGUUUUUGAAUGCGUUAUGUUACUGAAAUGAAGGACACACCGUAUUUAUGUCACUCAUUGAAAGCAAGUCCAUGAAUCUAUCAGUUAAGAUACUCCCAUUGAAUACAAUGGUACAAUGCGAUAACUAAAAAUAACCACAGCUGCAUACUAAGUGUACACAAAGGACAAAUCAGACAUAAAAAAAAAUUGAGACAAUAAAAACAACACAAUAAAACAACGCGGAGAAUCGUGAUGAGUUGAAUGCAUAAACCAAGAAGCCAGCAUUUUCAACGGCAGUUUCAGGUGUAAAAAUUAAAUGUGUAGAUAUCGGGGCGGGCAGCCCCGUGUUCCAGUAAUUAGCGUGCCGACCUCACAGUGCAGAGGUCAUUGGUUCGAUCCAAUUGGCUCCGGCCUUCCUGUGUGGAGUUUGCAUGUUUUCCCUGUACCUGUGUGGGUUUUCUCCGGGUACUCCGGUUCCCU